CCUUCCUUCCUUCCGGGUUCCUUUUGUUUACGUUCUUGUGUCCGAGCUGUAAAAUGGAUUAUUUUACCAAGACUCUGAAGGCAGAUUGUCAGGAUUUACUCGGGCGUUUUCAGACCAGGGCUUCUGUGCGCUUUGAGGACUUUUCAGCCAUCUGGAGAGAAAUGAAUUUCUCCACAAUAUUUUAUGGAAACUUGGAGCCCAGUGAGAAGAAGGUCUUCGCUCGUUUGGCUUUGUCCACAGCCUCUCCGUAUCUUCUCCCUCCGCACUCCUUCCAUAUUCGUGUCGGAGGUCUUUACCUGCUCUACGGCCUCUACAGCUCUCAGCUCAACACUCCCAAGGAACGGAUUCGCAUCGCUCUGAAGGACUGGGACGAUCUGAUCCGGUUCCAGCAGGAUGCGUUAAACGCGCAGCACUACGACGUGGUCUACAUUGUCAGGAAACUGCUGUAUGAAAAAGCCUUCUGCUUCACCGCCAUGCCAGACAAGCUGUCCUACAAGGUGAAGAAGAAGCGAGUGGACCAGAGGCAGAACCUGUGCGAGUCGUUUGUGGACCGUCCGUCUCGACCUCAGGAGCUCAUCAGCGACAAAUUGCUGGAGGAGCUGACCAACGUCCACGAGCACUACGAAGGGCUGAAGAAGUCGGUUCUACAGCCGCAGUCGCCUCGGGCCAAUCUGAGUCUCAUCAAACAGAACCUGGUGCCCAAACUGCGCAGCUCCGUUCUCACGUUCUCCAGCUGGCAGGAGAAUCAUGCUGACAGUCAGAGUGACAGAGACGCAGGAGAAGGAACAUCAAAUCAGAAGGAGAGUUCCCACAGAGCUCGGCUCCUGGCCUCCAUCAAAUCCAGGUCUUACUCUCAGGCUGUGGAGGCUACGAAGUCUCGGCGUCACAGACAAGUCAAGGUGACGUCGGCGGAUCAGGACCCGGAGUCCAUGCAGCGAGCCCGCGGGUUCACGAGACCUCCUUCUCUGAAAGCACGCACCAAAUCACGCUUCAUGACCGAGGAAAGCCAGAUGGCGGAGCUGCAGACCACAACCCAGCUGUGGCGCCUCGCUGCGGUGGAGGGACACAAGACCGAAGGAAAAAAGAAGAAAAGAUUCAUCUGGAAAGAACACGUGCAGUAACCACUAUACAGCCUGAUUGGACGGGUCUAACGUUACGGGGUGAUCGGAUGGACGCAUGAUGUGUCGUAUCUGAUUAGAGGAGAUUGUGACGGGUGAAAGUUGAUCAGACAAGCUUGGAAAAAGUCAUGUCUGAUUGCACGAGCUUGUAGAUAGCUGCGGCACGUUUGAUUGGCUGAAGUAUGAUUGGUCUGGAUCCUGUAGCUGGUUGUGUCUGAUUGGACAGUUGUGACAUGUCUCUCAUUCUCUCUCAUCUCUUUCCAUAAGAAGUGUCUGAUUGGACAGCUGGGUAACAGGUCACAUCUGAUUGGACAGCUGUGUAACAGGUCACAUCUGAUUGGACAGCUGGGUAACAGGUCACAUCUGAUUGGACAGCUGGGUAACAGGUCACAUCUGAUUGGACAGCUGGGUAACAGGUCACAUCUGAUUGGACAGCUGGGUAACAGGUCACAUCUGAUUGGACAGCUGUGUAACAGGUCACAUCUGAUUGGACAGCUGGGUAACAGGUCACAUCUGAUUGGACAGCUGGGUAACAGGUCACAUCUGAUUGGACAGCUGAUUGGAUGUCAUUGUGGGUUUUUAUUAUUGUUUUUAUGUUUACAAAAGAAAAUAUGUGAAGUUACUUUUAGAUAAAUGAGAUUCUUAAUAACAAAAGAUGGGCUUUCAUUUGAAGUGUAUUUUUAUCCCAUAAUAUUUGCAUUGCUUUUGUCUUUUAAUACUGUUUAUAUAUGGAGUCUGAACAAGUUAAUGCUUUUAUUGCAGUUUUUAUACACAUGAUGUUAAAAUGCCUCUCCUGGUUGUUGUUGUUGUUGUUGUUGUUGUUUCUUUCCAUUUUAUUUGGCAGUAAAUGUCUGUAUGUGAACAUUGCUGUAUUAUUCUGUGCUUUUCUUUGCCAUCCUGAUUACUGUGUAAUAAAGAAGCACGAUGUCAGAACAAAGCAA